UAGGAGGGCUGCAGUGAUAAGGACUGUCAUGCGCAGGAAUUCAAAUUUCCUUAUAUAUGCGUGGGAUUUCAGACAGACAGACAGCACGAGAUCUUGUUUUGGAAGUCAUGGGCUGUGUCUCUUCAAAACUGAAUGAGAGCAUUUCUAGGGGGGAAGAAGAAAUUAAGUACAGGGGAUUUGCUGGGCCAAAUCAUCUGGUCUGUCUCACUUCUACAACAUAUGGAGUUUUCAACAAUUCCUGCAACAGGGAGUCCCGAUCAAGUCCAGUGGAGGCAACGGAAGUUGUGGAGACUAUCAAUGCAUGGGAACUCAUGGAUGGGCUGGAAGAUGAAAGCCCUGGGCCUUCUCCUGCUGUGGAAAAGGGUUCUGAAAAAGUGGGUUCUUUGAAAAGGAGUGUUGAUGCCCUGGGUGGAAAUAGAAUGGGAAAAAGCUUGGGUGGUUCCACUUCCCCCAUGGGUCAGAAAAAGUUGGGGUUGGAUAAGGAGAAUGAGAGGCCUAAACAGGGCUUUGGGCCUGCAAAGCCCAAUGGGGUCAGCCCUGUUGCUCCUCUGAAAGAAAGAAGUUUUGUGGGCAAGGAGAAUUUUGGGCCAAGAGAUGGUCAGUAUAACAAUAUGGGUAGUGUUGAACUGGCACCUGAUAUUGUGGGUUCUACUGCACCCUGUGAUGAGCCCUUGCAUAAGGGUAGAAUAUCAUGUGAUGUGUUCUGGGAUUGUGUGGGUAAGGAGAAUUUUCAGCCCUCUGCAAAUGAGUACAGUGUGCCUAUUGGUGGACUGGCAUGUAAAAGCGUUGAUAGUGGGACUAGUCCACACUGUAGUGAGUACUCACAUAGGACUAAGGGCAGAAUUUCCCAUGGACCCCUUACAGAAUUGAGAAUAGAGAGCUCUAGGCAUUUUGAUUUUUGUGAUGGUAGUCUUAAGGAUUGCAUUGUGAGCAGCACUCCUUUGUUUGAUCCAGAGAUGCUGGCAUCUUUUGAGACCUCACUGGACAACUUUGAGGAAGAUAUAUUAGAUGAUGCUAACUCUAAAAGUGUACUUAAAAAGAGGGAUCCUUUGGAGAAAUAUGAAGAAAAAUGCCCCCCUGGAGGGCAGGACAGUGUUAUCCUGUAUACAACCACCCUUAGAGGGAUCAGGAAGACUUUUGAGGAUUGUAAUAAUGUUAGGUGUGUGCUUGAGAGCUACGGCAUCUGCUUCAUUGAGAGAGAUGUGUCUAUGCACUUGCUAUUCAGGAAUGAGCUGGAGAAAUUGAUGGGCUGGAUUGUUCCUGUCCCAAGGCUGUUCAUAAAGGGCAGGUACAUUGGGAGUGCAGGGGAGGUUCUGGAGCUUCAUGAGGAGGGCAGAUUGGGGGAGCUUCUAGAAGGAAUCCCAGCCGAUGAUGCACAAGGCAGGGCCUGUGAUGGGUGUGGUGGAGUGAGGUUUGUACCUUGCUUAGAAUGCAGUGGAAGCUGCAAGCUGCUUGAUGAGGAGGACAACACUAUGGUCAGGUGUCCAGAUUGCAAUGAGAAUGGGUUGAUUCAGUGCCCCAUUUGUUGUUGAUACAGAACGCAACUUUUUCAGAUUGUUGCAUUGGAGAUUGUGAAUGGGCACAAGAAAAAUCAAUGAGGCUGAUUUAGCUCAGGGAUCCAUGGUGCAAUAUAACAGCACCAAGAGGAUAUGGUUUCUCAAUUCAAUAUCUUUCACUCAUGAAUUUAGUUUUAACUAGACUGGGUGAUGUUAACAGUAGAACAGAUUUGAAAUUCAGGUUUGAUUACCAUAAGGCUUUCUCAGCAUAUUGGACUAACAGUACAGGGUUGCAGUGAGUAUAUUGUUUAUUGUAUUAGCAUAUGGUACUAAAGAUUGUUUGGUUUGGAAGUAGUAUCAGAUUUGGAAAUAUGGAACAUAGUGUAAGUAGGAUGGGCUCUAUUGCAUAUAAGUUUGGAUCACAACAGGUUCAUAUGACAAAAGCUAAUCCAGCAAGGGUUUCCAGUUUCAUAAAUUUUUAUUUUAGAGGGAGGCAAUGCCUUUUCAUGGUACAGAGAAGAUCAUAAAUUGUUUAGAAAUAUGAAGAAAUGGAAGCAGUUUGUCACUUGAACAUCAUAUCAAUUUCAGAUUAUUUCUGCUUAUUUUUCAUCCUUUUAAAAUGGAUUGUAUAUCUUCAUCACAGGAAUAAUGGAGAAUUUGAUUCAAUA